GGUGUGAGUGUGAAAGCUACAAGAUGACCACAAACUGCUUCGUGAACAAAAACGGGCAGUGCCAGUGUACUUCCUAUGGUGCACAGAACACUGUCAUUUGUACGACACUGGCUUCCAAAUGCUUAGUGAUGAAGGCAGAGAUGAUGCACUCCAAGUCGGGGAGGAGGGUGAAGCCUGAAGGGGCGAUCCAGAACAACGACGGGCUGUACGACCCCGACUGUGACGAGCGCGGGCUCUUCAAAGCCAAGCAGUGCAACGGCACGGCCACGUGCUGGUGCGUGAACACCGCCGGCGUCCGCAGGACCAACAAGGACUCCGAGAUCCAGUGCCCCGAGACUGUGCGGACCUACUGGAUCAUCAUCGAACUAAAACACAAAGAAAGACAACAGCCUUUUGACCUUCAAAGUCUACAGACUGCACUUCAAGAGAUGCUCACAACCCGUUACCAGCUGAAUUCAAAAUUUAUCGCAAAUAUUCUGUAUGAGAAUAAUGUUAUCACUAUUGAUCUGAUGCAAAAUUCUUCUCAGAAGACUCAGAAUGAUGUGGACAUAGCUGAUGUGGCUUAUUAUUUUGAAAAAGAUGUUAAAGGCGAAUCCUUGUUCUCUUCUAAGAAAAUGGACCUGAGAGUCAACGGGGAACAACUGGAUCUGGACCCUGGUCAAACUCUAAUUUACUAUGUUGAUGAAAAGCCACCUGAAUUUUCAAUGCAGGGCCUCACGGCCGGUGUUAUUGCUGUCAUCGUUGUUGUGACGCUAGCAAUUGUCGCUGGAAUUGUUGUGCUGAUUAUUUCCAGAAAGAAGAAAACAGCGAAGUAUGAGAAGGCUGAGAUAAAGGAGAUGGGUGAGAUGCACAGAGAACUCAAUGCAUAACUUCUAUAAUUUGAAAAUUUACCACAAGAAGGGACAUUAGCAAAAGGACUACAGAUGCAUGAACAUGGGACAAAAAGAUGCUUGAGUAUUGCUGUGUUGUUAGUUAACAUCGUAUAUUUGUAAUAGAGAAACCUGUACUCAAAUAUAAGCAGCUUGACAUUGGCGUUAUCAGUCUUAAAAUCUGACCAUAACUGUAUCAUAUAUGCAGCUCUAAUAGUAAAAGCCAGGACAGGGGCUGCAUAGUUAAAAUACGUGUAAUAUUGAAGAGUGCAUUCAGUGUGCUUCCACAGUAGAAGGAUCACUGUCUUGUUUGUGAUUGAAAGCUGCCUUUCUAGUACUUUGAGUCUUGUAUUGUACAUAUAAACUUUUUUAUGAAGUAUGAAAUAAAACAUUUUUAAACAGAA